UCUCCGCCGCCCGCCGCUUCCUUCCUCGCUUCCCCAAACUCUAGCGCACGACCGGCGGCGGCGGCGAAACACCGCCUCGCCCUUCCCGAAAUCCUAGCGCAAGGCGUGCGCUUUCGCUCUCCCCAUCGGCCAUCAUGGCGCCGCGCCCCCGCAAGCGGGCCUCGCACCCCACCAAGCCCCGCGCGGGCUCCCGCCGUGGCGGCGGCGGCGGUGACGACGACCCCUUCUUCGAGUCCGAGCCCAAGCGCCGCCGCGGGGGCCGCGACGAGGACAUCGAGAGCGAGGACAGCGACGACGAUGCGGUGGGUUUCGGCGGCGCCGUUGAUGAGGAUGGGGACGAGGGGGUUAAGGAGGAGGAGGAGGAGGAGACUGCGGGGGAGAAAAAGGUGCGGAUGGCGAAGGAGUUGCUGAAGAAGCUGUCGGACGCCGCUAAGAGGAAGGAGGAGGACGAGGACGAGGAUGAGGACGAGGACGAAGCCGGGGGCAGGCGGGUGGCGGAGAUCCUUCAGAGGAGGCAGCUCGAGGAGAGCGGGAGGAAGCGGAGGGAGCUCGCCUCAAGGGUUUUACCACCAGAACCCAAGGAUGGCUUUAAGUUUAUUGUGAAGCAUCGACAACCUGUAACUGCUGUGGCUUUAUCCAACGAUGGUGAUCGGGGGUUUUCAGCAUCAAAAGAUGGAGUCAUUGCGCAUUGGGAUGUUGAAACUGGCAAAAGUGAGAAGUAUUUAUGGCCAAGUGAAAAUGUAUUGAUUUCUCAUCAUGCUAAACCACCUCUAUCAGCUAAAAGAAGUAAGCAUAUACUAGCUUUAGCUGUCAGUUCAGAUGGUCGCUACUUGGCGAGUGGUGGUAUGGACCGUCAUAUCCAUUUAUGGGAUGUUCGUUCGCGGGAGCACAUACAGGCUUUUAGCGGUCAUCGUGGGCCAAUAUCAUGCCUUGCCUUUGGGCCGGAUUCAUCAGAGUUAUUCUCUGGUUCUUUUGACCGUUCAAUAAUGCAGUGGAAUGCUGAAGACAGAACAUAUAUGAACUGUCUAUACGGCCAUCAGAAUGAAAUCUUGACCAUGGAUGCGCUUAAUAAAGAUAGGCUUCUGACCGUAGCACGGGACCGGACAAUGCAUCUUUGGAAGAUUCCGGAAGAAUCGCAGUUAGUGUUCCGUGCUCCUGCUGCUGCGUCUUUAGAGUGCUGCAGCUUUAUUGAUGACAAGGAAUUUUUAUCUGGAUCUGAUGAUGGAAGCAUCGAGCUUUGGAGCAUAAUGAGGAAAAAACCUACUUUCAUAGUUAGAAAUGCUCAUCCUUCCCUCGACAGUGAUGAUCAAGAGUUACCUAAAGAAAAUGGAAUUCAUAAACCUGAAAAUGUCUCAAUGGCCCAGUCAUGGGUUAGUGCUGUUGCCGCAAGAAAAGGUUCCGAUCUUGCCGCAUCAGGAGCAGGAAAUGGUUUAGUUCGUCUCUGGGCUAUUGAACCUGAUUCUAAGGGAAUUCGACCUUUGUUCAAAUUUAAAUUGGAUGGAUUUGUCAAUUCUCUGGACAUUGCCAAAUCUGGACGCUUUAUUGUUGCUGGUGUUGGCCAGGAGCCUCGCCUUGGAAGAUGGGGCCGUGUUCGGUCGGCGCAAAAUGGGGUUGCCAUCCAUCCAAUCCGACUAGAGGGGGAGAAAGACGAGUUGUAGGGUAGCUGAUUGGCAUUGUCAAGGAACACAUUCAGUGUUGUAGAAGAUGACAUCAAAAGCGACACCUCUAGCAUUACACAGUUCAGCAUGCAUACUACCUGCAGGAGGAAUUCGGUACAAGAGGGUCAACAGCAAGCAACGGGAAUUUAGAGGUGUGAACAGAUUGUUUGAGCUCAGAAAGAUAUGUAUGUUCGUUGGUAACCAUCCUACCGGAUGCCCCAACUAGUAACUUGAGGCAAUUUUGUAACUCUUCUGCCUUUUAAAGAGUAACAGAUUAAUUUGUCAAACAAGUGUGAUCCGGCCUGCCUGCCUGUUGUUUCUCCAA